UCCAACCUUUCCCCAUCCCGCACGGGCGGCUGGCCCACCGCCCCAAAUCUGCAGCGCCCCUCCUCCUCCCUCUGGUCUCCUCACUGAGCCCACGGCCGCCUCGCCUCACCACCGGACCACCGCCCGUCCGGCGCGCUUCCUCCUCUCCUCUCCUCCCUCCCAUCCACUCCUCUUCUGGAGCUGCGCCCACCCAUGCCUCCGCCGCGGGCGCACGCAGAGCGCCGGCUGUCCGCCGCGUCGGCCGCCCCACCAAAUCUGAAGUGCUCCUCCACCGGAGCGGCACCCGUCCGGCCUCCUCUCGCUCCUCCGGGCACAUCCUCCCGCUCCCUCCUCCGGGCACCUCCUCCCGCUUCGCCCAGGGCGCCCACGGACAUACGUGUGCCAUCCACCCUGCCCACCAGCCAUGCCUCCGCCGCGCCAUAGCCAGAGCGCCGGCGCCGCGCUACCUCCUCUCCCUCCUUCCGCUGCGCCCACGACGCCCACGCAUCCAGUGUGGCGAACAUGCCCGUCGCCACCCCUGUACGCCUCCUCUGCCGCCGCCAGGCUGACUCCCGGCCCCACCUUGAAGCCGACGCCGCUGCACACCACGCGCCGCUCUCCUCGCUCGCGUAUCGCCCCGCCUCACGGCACACUUUCCUCAGCUCCGAGCGUGUAGGCGCAGUUGGGACGCGGGUUGUCCGCCAUGGUCACCGUCCACUCUGUACACUCUGCUCCGCGGCGAGUCGAUGAUGAGGAGCCCGAUUCAAAGGUGAGGAGAAACUGAUGGUUUCCUCUUUAAAUUCGGUGCUCCACCUGAACUCACUUUGUAACAAUCGUGGUGGGCUUCUGCCAUACCGCUCAUACCCGUACCACUGGUACUGGACGAAUUGGACGCCAGGGCCCCCAUCUUGGUUGUUCUUCCCCAGCUGCAUACGGAAGAGCCUGGAAUUUACGGCACCUAUAGGUGUUAGGCGAUUUGGACACCGGGGUAGUGAUCUUGGUUGUUCUACGGUCGCUACAUAGCCAGACAUCCAAUCCUACAGGAACCGUCGUAUGCGUAUGGAACUCAUGGCUAAAAAAGAAAAAAGAGCCUCUAGAGGUAAACAAACAUCACACCAACCUACAAACGAAGAAUCAUCGACAUCACACACACAAAAUCUGGUCUUUGCACAUAACCGAACUAUAUUUCAACGCUUAAACCUUGGAGGUCCCCAUCAUUCUUGCAAACACUGUGGUGCUCUGUUUUGGUAUGAUGAGCGUCUACGCAGAGAAAGACAUACUCCAGAUCCAACAUAUAAUUUGUGUUGCAAGGGAGGAAAAGUUUACCUGCGGCCAUAUGAUCCUCCUCCUCAACCCCUCUUGGAUUUACUGACAUUCCAGGACAGAACACUCUCCAGACACUUCUUUAAACAUAUUAGGCAGUACAAUACAAUGUUUGCAAUGACUUCAAUGGGAGCUAAAAUUAAUGAAACCAUAAAUGAUGGAUGAGGCCCAUAUGUUUUCAUGGUUAGUGGGCAGAUUUGUCACCGCAUUGGUUCUUUGAGACCAACUGGGGAACGACCAGAAUAUGCACAGUUAUACAUGUUUGAUACUGAGCGUGAGGUUUCAAACCGAAUAAAUGUUGCUUCGUCUUCACGCUCUGCUUCGUCUUCAAGCUCUUCAUUCCAAGCUAACGAAGACAUUGUUCAGUCGUUCAUACAAAUGUUGAACACACAUAACCCCAUUAUCAAGCUGUUUAGGACAGCAAGUCAAAGAUUAGCUGGGAGUGAUUGUGACCAUUUAACAAUCAGGAUAUAUGGCAAACCUGAUGCCCAUGGAGACAUCUAGUGCUCCAGUUGCGUUUGAGGUUGUUGGAUUAGUGGUUGGUGAUAUUGGGUCAUCUAAUGUAGGACGAGACAUUAUAAUACAAGACCAUUCAUCACAGUUACAGCGAAUUAGUGAGAAACACCCCAAGUUUAUGUCCAUGCAGUAUCCUCUGUUAUUUCCAUAUGGAGAAGAUGGCUACCAUGAUGAGCUUAUGUACCGGCAAAGAUCAAGCACUUCAGCCAAUCAGCACCAAAAAGUCACAAUGCUACAUUACUACACAUAUAGGUUGCAUGAUAGGCCAAAUGACUUCAAUACUCCAUUACGAUGCAAAAGAUUAACACAGGCUUACUUUGUGGAUGGCUAUUGUUGUGUUGAAACAUUCCGUAUUGGAUUCUACCGCAAGCCUAGCUUUCAGAGUAAAUACAGAUCAUCAUCAUUUAGUUCUUUGGCAAAUUCUGUAUCAAGAGGUAUUGCAUCCGGUUCUUCUGUUGGGUAGAGGAUUAUAUUACCAUCCUCCUUUACUGGAGGCCCUCGCUAUUUAUACCAAAACUAUCAAGACUCCAUCGCUAUUUGUAGAAAAUAUGGUUGCCCAGAUCUAUUUGUGACGUUCACAUCAAAUGCUGCCUGGCCUGAAGUUAUGGAGGCUUUAUCCUCCAUUCCAGGACAAGAGCCAUCUGACCGUCCAGAUAUUGUCAACCGGGUAUUCAAAAUGAAGCUUGAUAUGUUGAUGGAUGAUAUUAAAAAGAAAAAAUUCUUCGGUCCCAUAAAUGCGGAUAUCUGAGAUAUGGAGUCAAGUACAGCACUUAAAAGCAUCACUUCAGGACAGCAAAACUGUAGGGUCUUUGCACGCCUGAUAAGGCUUUGGGAUGCUAAAAUAAUUAAUCCCAUAUAUGGAGAUGGCUUGCUAAGCAUUGAUGGCAUUCUCUUAGAUGAAGAUGGCAACAUGGCACAGAUGAGUGUGCCCAAAAAAUAUGGAAAACAGUUUCGUGGAUUGCUAUCAGAAGGAUCUGUCUACAUUAUUUCAGAUAUUGUGGCUAUUGAUAACAGAAGCAAAUCAUAUGUCUACCACCAUCAGAACUACAUGCUGCAAUUCAAACAUGACACAAAGGUCCAUGCAUUGCACUCAAGAGGAGCAAAUAUACCUACUGUUUCCUUCAACUUUUGUCCAUUUGAUCAGCUGCCAAGAAAAGCAAUUGAUUCAAAACAACUCCUAGAUAUUAUUGGAGUAAUAAGUGAUGUUGGUCCAUACGAUUAUGCUAGCCCAACAUCUCAGAACAAACUUCGGAAGAUAAAAAUCCGAAACCUAGAUGAACAAACGCAAGAAGUAGUUCUAUGGGGCAAACAUGGAGAAUCAUUUGAUGAAGAAGCAGUACUUAAAAAAUCUCUAGAAGGAAUUGUGAUAGCUAUUUUUGCUGGUAUAACUGCAACUUCACAGAAGUUUACAGGUACAAUACAAGGAUCUUCAAGUUCGGCAACACAGGUGUAUCUUGACCUCAAUAUACCUGAAGUUCAACACUAUCGCAGCAGCUACCAAUGGAAAUUUCCAACUCUACAAAAGAAUCUCCCUAAAGUCGCACAUCUAUCUCCACUUGAAGCAGCAGGCAAGCUGUAUACCAUUGAACAAAUAUCUACCUUGCCAACCACAUCUUUUCAGGGAGGAGCAACAUUCAGUACUAUUGCAAAGGUGACAUCCAUUAUACCAUCAAUCAAAUGGUACUACAAAGCAUGCAAGCGGUGUGGAAAAGGUUACAACAACAUGUCAGAUACCCCAACAUGCACCUGCCAAUUUCCUGUUCCAUGCCCAAUGUAUAAGCUCCCCCUUACACUAACAGAUAGCUCAGCAAGUUUAAAUGCAGUUGCAUUUAAUAAAGUAGCUGAAGACUUGGUUGAGCGUCAUGCUGAGCAAGUUUCUAUGAACAUGACAAUAGAUGCUGCGGAUCAGGUGCUUUCCCUGGAUAAAGCCAUUGGUAAAGAAAGGUUAUUCUAUAUAGGAAUGAAUAUUGAUUCAACUGCCAAGUACCCUAUAAAAUAUGUCUUGAAAAAAAGUUUCCCCGUGGACAAUACCAAAUCAGUUCCUCUAUUAACUGCUUCAAAGCUUUUUCAGUCAGCACAAGAUAACCUUGCACCAACUUCAUCUGUCAUAAAUGCUGAGAGUCCAAGUGCACAGCAGCCAGAGGCCCCCUUGAACAAUACACCUGCAAGUGAUAACCGCACACCUAUCAUUACAAAGGAAAGUGAAUCCAGUUCCGAAGUAAAAAGAAGGAUUGAUUUUGACAAGGAUGAUGCCAACAACUCUAACAGGUAUCACAACACUCACAAGGAUGAUGCCAACAACUCUAACAGCUCAAAAAGCACAGAUAGUCCUCUUUCGAAAAGGCAAAAGCAGAGCGAGAACAAUAAAAAUGCAGCAAACAACUAUGAAAAGACAGACUAAAAUGAAAGUGCAUACAAAGGCAACUUCCACAAUACUCAUACAAGCAGCUUCCACAAUGCUCCAAAAGACAAAUAAUCAAGAAUGUUCAACUUCCACAGCGCUUUGACACUGCCAGCCGACAACAAUAAUUUUUUUUAUUGCUCAACUUCUAUUGUGACCGAGAAUGUUCUCAUACCCAUUACCUUUAUAUUGUAACCGAGAUGUCUACUCGUGCGUACUUUUGGUUUCAUGCAAGCGACUUCAAAGUUUUCUGGCAAUAUUUGCAAUUUUGUGCUUACCAACAAUGGAUACACUCCUAUAAAUGGGCCAUAAUAUUUUUUUUGUAAA